UGUAUGUAGUAAGAGCGAUUUCGGUGGCCGUACAGAUUGUUCUGAGGAAAGUUGAUGGAACGUUUGGUUAUCUUUCGGAUCCUAGCGAAUCAUUAAAACUUCAUAUUGUUGGCUACACGAGGAUUCAUACUGACAAGAAAUUAGCUGCAUUUAUAUUCAAACUUUUUAAAGUGUCAGUGCAGUCAAUGGGCUGACGACCUAAGCUAGCUAGCGUAACGAAUGGGCUAGCUAACUAAAGGUUUGGAGAGCGAUUAAACUAACGUUAGCUAAACUUGCCAGCUAAAAGUUAGAUGAAAACGUAGCUCGGUUACCAACAAUGAUAUAACUACUACUGUUGGCGCAUGUUUCUGGUGUUAAACCCAAGUUUAUUUCGACAAUGUGCAGGUAACGUUACUAUUUUGGCACUUAAACUUCAUAGCCUGAUAGAUAAUUCAGGAGCUAACGUUAGCACAGCUACUGUAGGUAUGAGUUUUUUCUAGCUACUAAGCUAGCUAGCAGUAAUUGGGGCUUAUUUGUCACUGUCGGUAGUGGGACUGGGUCAACUUCCACGUACACCCUGAUAAGUAGUUAGCUACAUAAAUGUGCUUUGUUCAUUCAAACUAGCGUAACUUUAUAGGUGACUAGCUAGCUAGUCUUAGCACUCUAACUAGGUAAAGUUACUAGCUAACUUAUUGAAUAGUUACGUUUCAGAAGUUGAUCCACAAAUAAACUUGACCAGAGUGGCGACGUGGAAGAAAGUAGCAAACGUGUCUUACCAGGACAUUGGAAUACCAUGUUGGGACCGUCUUGCCCAUUUGUGAAAUCGUUCUGAACGAUUCACGAGCAUUCCAAUGAGUGUAGAGGUCGUUUGAUUUUGCAGCAGCUUUGCACCCUAUGGUUCUGCUACAGACACCGAGAAAUGGAUGUUUCCAAGGCUGGUUUCCCAAACGGUGAGGGGCGACCGAAAGACACUGGAGAGCAUGACUGGACAGAUUCCCCCACCGCAAGAGCUUGGGCUCAUUCUGCUCCUCUUUCCCGGUCGCUGUGGACGGCUGUGUUUGACUAUGGAAGUACUGGAGAAGACGAACUUAGUCUGCGGCGGGGGGACGUGGUUGAGGUCCUCUCGAAGGAUGCUGCGAUCUCGGGAGAUGAAGGAUGGUGGACGGGUAAAAUUAACCACCGAGUUGGGAUUUUCCCUGCAAAUUAUGUUACGUAUCAACCUGCAAUUUACAGACUUCCCGACGGUAGCACGGUAGGGGUGCGGGAGCGUCCGAGUACUCCCGUGCAAAUAGAUUUUAGUGAACUGGUUUUAGAGGAAAUAAUCGGUGUCGGGGGAUUCGGUAAAGUUUACCGAGGGGCAUGGAAGGACCAAGAGGUCGCUGUAAAGGCAGCCCGACAGGAUCCUGACGAAGACAUUACUGCAACUUCGGACGGUGUUAAACAAGAGGCCAAGCUCUUCUCCAUGCUACAACAUCCCAAUAUAAUAAAACUUGAAGGUGUCUGUCUUGAGGAGCCGAACCUGUGCUUGGUGAUGGAAUAUGCUCGCGGAGGGACUCUUAACCGGGCUUUGACAGGUCGGAGGAUACCCCCACACAUUCUUGUCAACUGGGCUGUUCAAAUCGCCAGGGGCAUGCACUACUUACACGAGGAGGCUGUUGUGCCCAUUAUUCACCGUGACCUGAAAUCCUGCAACAUUUUGUUGCUUGAAAAAAUAGAGAACGAUGACAUUGGAAGGAAGACUUUGAAGAUCACAGACUUUGGCCUAGCCAGAGAGUGGCACAACACCACCAAGAUGAGUGCUGCUGGCACGUACUCAUGGAUGGCCCCCGAAGUCAUCAAGUCCUCCCUCUUCUCCAAAGGCAGCGAUGUCUGGAGUUAUGGGGUCCUGUUAUGGGAGUUGCUGACAGGAGAGGUGCCUUACCGUGGGAUUGAUGGGCUGGCUGUGGCCUAUGGUGUGGCUGUCAACAAGUUAACCCUCCCUAUUCCAUCCACCUGCCCAGAACCCUUCGCCAAGCUCAUGGAAGAGUGCUGGGAACAGGACCCCCACAUCCGGCCGUCGUUUGCCUCCAUCCUGGAGCAGCUGACAGCCAUAGAGGAGGCGGUGAUGGCCACUAUGCCCCAAGACUCCUUCCACUCCAUGCAGGAGGACUGGAGGGUGGAGAUCCAGGAGAUGUUUGACGAGCUCAGGACAAAAGAGAAGGAGCUGCGUUCGCGUGAGGAGGAGCUGACGCGUGCGGCGCUGCAGCAGAAGUCCCACGAGGAGCUGCUGAAGAGGAGGGAGCAGCAGCUGGCGGAGCGGGAGAUCAAUGUGCUGGAGAGGGAACUCAACAUCCUCAUCUUCCAGCUCAACAAGGACAAGCCCAACGUCAAGAAGAGGAAGGGCAAGUUCAAACGUAGCCGCCUCAAACUCAAGGACGGCAACCGCAUCAGCCUGCCGUCAGAUUUCCAGCACAAGAUCACGGUGCAGGCGUCACCCUCCAUGGACAAGAGGAGGAGUCUGAACAGCUCCAGCCCCCCCAGCAGCCCCACACUCAUACCCCGCCUCCGGGCCAUCCAGUUGUGUGCCCGCAUUGACAGUAUCCGAAGGGGCAGUAUGUAUGUGUAUCACCAGGAUGUGGAUAUCACCAGCGAGUGCCAGCCCUCUACUGGGUUUAGGAAGAAAGUGACUCUGGACGAGAGCAACAGGACAUGGGGACGAAGCACCAUCUACAAGCCGGAGGAGUUUGAUGAUGUCAAGAAGGGGAUUAAGAAGAAGGGGCGAACGUGGGGACCGAGCUCCGUUCAGACCAAGGAGCGGGGAAACUGUGCUGAAAGAGUGAGGCCACUGUCUGAUGGAAACAACCCCUGGUCCACCAGUCUGGUGAAGUCCCAGAAGUCAGUUCCAUUGGCUGCGUUGUUUGCAGAGCAGCAAGGGACCAAUAAAGAUGAGAUAUGCUCACCAGAUAGCUCGGACAACAGCAAACCAAAGCAACUGAAGUUCCCCAAUCAGGUGUACAUCGAUCUACCUCUGUGGAAGGAUGAGCAGCAGCAGGGGGGUGAGGGGACGGCAGGAGGCUGCCCUGGGGAAGGCCUGGAGGACCCCAGCACCACCUCAGCCAGCUCCACCAGCACCACCCCCCAGCACACCCCCACCAACAGUCUGAAGAGGGCCUCAGCUCGCCGCCGGACAGAUACCGUGCUCUACGUCUGUGCCUCGAUGCUGGCCUCGGUGGGGCUGGGCUUCGACCUGCGUGACACGCUCAAGGCCCCACCGGGAGACGACCCUGAGCCCCAGCCCAGCGUGGAGAAGAAGAAGAAAGAGGGUCUGUUCCAGCGCGCCACACGCUUCCGCCGCAGCACCAGCCCCCCUGGUGGACGUUCCUCCCGCAAGGAGGAAGCAGCCUUAUCCUUGUCGGCGGGCUCCCAAGGCCCUGUCAACCUCAUCUCCAUGUCCUCCAUCUCAGAGUGCAACUCCACCAAGUGCCUCCUGCAGUCGGACGUGGAGGGGCCUGAGCCCAUCCCUGUGAAGGAGGUAGACCCCAGAGCACAGCCCAACAGCGGCUCCCAGCCACAGGGUCCACAGGGACCGGGCAGCAGGACUCAAGCUGAGGUCGAGCCCCUCCCCCAGCCUGCAGCCUCAGAGCAGACUCCGCCUCAGAGCAUGGGCUCUAGCCUCCGAAGGAAGAACUCGUCAGUCGUUCAGGACACUAAUGGUACAUCUGGCUGUCACACGACCUCGUCGGGACAGUCUUCCACCACGACCUCUCAGAAGAAGUCUGACAGGGAGGAGACCCCUGAGAAAGCAGCCAGUGGGGAGACUGUUGCUUCUAGACCCCGGCCUCUGUCCCUCCGGGGCAAACCCCACUCCUGGGGUCUCUUGAGGGGCCAAAACAAGAGCUACUCCCUGGGCCACUACUCUGGCGAGAAGAGCGCCAGGAGCCUCAACAUCGUCCUCUCUUCCACUGAGGUCAAGAUGGACUGCUCUCUGCUGGACAUGGACACAGAGGGGCAGAAACGUGACUGCACCGUGCCCCUCUGCCGAAUUCAGAGCAGCCCCAGUCGCCCUUCCGUCUUCGAACUAGAGAAAAAGUUCUUGUCAUAGCAGAAAUAAGCUGCCUUAUUACCAGGGUACCAGAGCACAAUCUUUAACGUUUGAGUUGGAUCAACAACUCUUAUUUGACAUUCCAGGGCAUUCCACUGCCCUCAUGUUUUUUUAAACUGAAUGUGGGCCACUGCUGCUUGAUGAUACCUGUGCUUUUUCUUUAUUUAUAUCUGUAAUAUUUUGCUAGGUAAUUUAAUAUUGGGGGGAAAAACAUAUUUCAAUAGCAUCAGGUUGAUUGAACAACGAAGGAACACGUUCCAUUUUUUGUUCUUGCAAAAAUGGCGCCAUUUCUGCACACACACUGGUUUGGAUCGUGGCAUCAAGUUAGAAAAUGAUGCGUACUUUAAAAUGUCAAACAAUGUUCAUCUGCUUUUGUCUAUAAAUAUAUUUUUCUCCAAUUUGAUUUAAUGCUGGUUAUUUUUUUUCUAUUGAUUUUGUUCAUCGAUUCUAUUUUAUAGAUACCACAGUGUUUAUUUUAGGACAAGUUCUGUCCAAUGUCAGAGGUAAUAUUGAAUGUCUUAGGCUUAUCUUUGACUUCUGCCUGGAAGUCAACAUGUGGCUCAACUGACAGAUGUAGAGUAACCGUGCAACCAACAACACUGGAGAUCCUAGUCUCAACACUGAAACACUAAACAAGGCCUGGUCAGCCACUACCUUACCACUAUACGACUAGACAAGCGUUACAAACAACUGAAUCAGUACCACUACUGUACAGACUAUUCAGCAUUAUUCGCUGCUAUGUUUUUUGUGGAAUAUGACCAUUUGGCUCGAAACCAAUUCACAUGGGGGCUUAGUCUACCUAGCUUCCUGUGCAAACACUAUUUUGAAGAUCAAAGAAAUGGUGAUUGGAUGGGGGGAAAGUAUGAAGGUGUUUUAUUUGGCUUAUCAUAAAUGUAUAUUUUGUAUGAAUGGUUAUCAUUACAGUAUUGAUUAUUUCACACCUUUGUUCAUAAAGAUAAUGCCUAAAGAUGGAAUGACAUUUUGAAAAAACAUAUUCCAAUACUUGUUUGAGUAACAGAUGCAGUAUUCCUUAGCUUUUUGUUAAUAUGAAAAUGAUUGCUGAUAGGAACUGCCUUCUUUUUGAUGCACCUAGACUAUACAAGUUGUUAUCGUCUAAAUAUUCAGUCCCAUGCAAGUCAUCAGUACCGAGCAACAUGUAAAACUGUCCUGUAAAUAGCCAAUGUACAGUAUUUUUGUUCGUCCCGUUAUACUGUUUUCAAAGAAUACUGAAAGUUAAUCUCC